ACAAAGGUGCAUGAGAGUGAGGAGAGCAUCACAGUUCAUGAGAGCUUCCAUGACAGCUUGCUGAACAUAGAGAAGUGGCUGAUGAUAAUGAAGCAAAAGUUGAAGUCAUUUCACAGCUCCGCAGGAGAAUGGAGCAUAGAGGGCCGCCAACAUGAAGCAGAGAGAGCACUGGGAGAAUUCCCAGAGAAGGAGAUUCAGCUGCAUCAGAUGGAGGUCCAGGGUCAGGGGGUUUUGGAAAGAACUUCAAAGGAGGGGCAGAUACACAUUCUGCAAGACAUGAAGCGGCUACGAAAGACCUGGUUGUACCUCUACAACAUGAGUCUCAAUCUUCACAGGUUAUUGAACAGCUCCAUGGAGCCGACAGCAUGGAGGGUUGGAGCCCUGUCUGUUGACAGUUCAUUCCUAACAGAGCUCAGUCAAGGGGAGGAGCAUUAUUGGGCAGGAGGCUCAAGGAGUCAGACAGGCCAAAAAAAUCAGUCAACAGAAAAGUUUGGAGCUUUUGCAAGCCCUGGGCCUGGACAAGGAGAUAGUCUGGAAGGAGAGGCAGGGGAGGGGUUGAUGACGAGGCAGAGUACAUGGAUCAAGGGCCAUGCUGAAGGUCACCUUAUGCUGGCUGCACAAGAUGAUGAACAUCUCACUCCAUCAAGGACAGAGAUGCACAGUCAGCACUCAUUUGAAGUCGAUGAAAUAGAUUCCUCUGCUUGCAGCAUUCAUGGCAUCCAGGGUGUUUCAAAAGACACAGAUGAAUGCCCUGAUAAUAAAUCAACAGGGGCUGACAAUCGCAUCUUGGUUGGAGACAGAGGAGUAGCAGCAUUAACCGCAAAGGGGAACACAGGACACUGCAAAUCCAGAAGGAAUGAGUUUGAGGCGUGGCUUUGCAAAGCGAAUGAACUCCUCUCGGGGGUCAUCAGCACCAAGAGAGCAACCCUCAGUGCCAAAGAACUCAAGAUCCAACAGAACACACUUGAA